GAACUUUUUCUGGGUGAAGAUGUGCGGCAGAGGCAAUUGUCCAUUGAAGAGCUACGCACUCGCUGUCGCUCAAUUUUCGUCCCUUGCUCAGCGUACACUCCUGCCAUUUACACUUGGGGUCAACUCUGGGUGCUUCCAUCUAGUCUUCCACGACCUGUGGCUUCGUGGUCUGCGCUUGCUGCUCGUCUGUGUGCCGCACGCUGUGUGGUGUCUGCCUCAGCCUCAAAGGCGAGUUUUCGUCGCAUUUGGGAUACGUGUACUGAGACCAUUGUCUCCACUCAAUCAACCACGCUCAUAUCCUGUCGGGCAUUUGGACGGCAGUGGUCUCUCACGGUUCCGACUGAAGACGGUGUCACAGUACGUCUCCUCGUUGAAGAUUUGUUGCAGCAACUGCCUCCAGAUAGUGCUCAGAUGCAGCAGCUGUGGAACCGUUUGUGUGAGCAGCAUGCUGUUGCUUCACAGAUCAGUAUUCCAACUGCAGUUGCUUAUGAUUCACAAGCUUGGACAUACACCGUUGUUCCGGGAGCCUGGGAACCCUGUGCAUAUGCAUCGGAUGCUGCAGCAGCUCGUGUUGCUUGUGGAGCGCCAGAGGCACGUGCCAAGUUUUGGUGCCGGCUUUGUGAUUGGACUGGUGACAGCCCCGAGACUUGGACAGCUCAUCUUGGGCUCCAUGGUGGCGCUGUCGCAUAUCGUCAGGCUUUGCUGGCUGCAAAUGGGCGUGACUGGCCGCAAGCCGUGGAUCCAAAGGAGAUGCGUCACUGCAUGAGUAGCUACACAGAGCGUUUUCAUACUACUUUGGCUUCUCCCGCACGACUUUGUGCGUGUUGCGCAUGUGAGCCCUUGCAGCCAGAUAUGGUCCAAACACAUGACCUCCGGGCCGGCGUCUUCGAUCUGUCUUCCUUACACAAGCUUCUCUCAGCCCAAGCAUAUCAGUCGCGGCUUCAUUCACUCUACACUGACUGUUCGGCUGCGUUCCUGGGUCUACCCCUGGAAAUCCUGACCGCCUGCGGAGUUGCGGUGCCACAGAUUUUGUUGCCUGAUUCGAAUGUUUUCUCUGCCCCCAAUGAUAGAUGGCUCUUGCAUUUGGCAGCAGAAGCUCGCGUGCACUGGAAUGUUGCGGCAGCUUCGCUCGGAAGUGCUCUAUAUCUUGAUCUUUGUUCGUCCUGUUUCGCUUCUCUGUCACGACAACUACCACGCUUACCAUCACAAGGUCUUGCCAAUGGCAAUCUGUGUCCACCACUCCCGGCCUCCUUGCAGAAUUUGACACUUGCAGAGACACUUUUCAUCUCUCGUGGGUUCACGGUUCAUCGUUUGCACACUUUGCCCGGACGAAGUGCUCCCGAAGACAGACAACGCGCACUCCGCGGCAACGUCAUUUCUUUUCCACAGAGUGCGGCCGAGAUUUUUGCACGUCUGCCGCGGUCGGUUUCGAGUGCCGCUGAGAUGCUCACUGUCUUGUUCCCAAGUGAGGAUUUGCGCGAUUUGUCUCACUGCCCAGAGUACCAUGUGCGUCGUCAACGCGUCUUCGACGCCCUCUCUUGGCUUAUCUGGCACAAUCCGUACUAUGCCGAUGUGCUCCUUGAUCACACUGCAUUGUCUACGCUGCCAGAGAAUGGGCCUCUUUGCAAUGUUGGUCAUCAUGCGCCGGCAACGGACAUUGCCGCGGACCUGGGGCCAGCAGAUGCCCAACAGAGCACUCCUUCCGUUGCGCAGAUGCCGUUGGUCGCCGCAGUUCUGGACACAGAAGGAUCAAGUCUCAUGCCAGCUGAUUUGUGGCGCCAUGCCCUCAGGCCUCCAGAGGCAGAAAUGGACCAUGUUGUGGCUGUGCCGCAUGGGUCGGCUCCUCUGAACAGCUUUGACCCUGGAUAUUGGACAUUCUGCUUUCCAACCUUAUUUCCAUACGGUGAUGCUCUGCCGUCUUGCCCUCGACUCACGCGAUUGCCACUUCGAGUUUGGGCUCGGCACUUGCUUUUGCGGCGAGACCGUAGUGCUUCCGAGAGGCCUUGGGCUAUGGAUUUGCAUUUCUUAGCUACGCUCUUUGGAGUUUUGCACCGCAAGGAUUUGCUCCAAGCUGUGCGAGCCAAAUUUUCUGCUCCUGGCUUUGCACGAGAACUCCGCGAUCUUCCUGGGCUGGGUCUGGAGGAUUUUGAUUAUCUUGCGCUCCUCUUGCGGAACUCUGGGAGCGUCCGUCAAGCUCUACGACAUCCUGACCUGCCACAUCGACUCCGUGCUGUUCUGCAGAGCAUGCAGCUUGUCGCUCGCAGCAUACCGUGUACUAAUGCCUUCCGUGAGAAUAUGCGGCAUGAGCUGCGAGCGUUGCAGCUGUGGCAUGGUUUACCAAGUCUCUUUGUGACGCUGAAUCCUGCUGAUACUAAGCAUCCAUUCACACUGCGCUUUGCAUCCGAUAGUGUUUGGGCUGGGUUAGAUGAAUCAGGUUCGUUCGAUGCUGCCUUAUCUGCAGUCAUGUCACGCGUGCAUCUCGCACAUGCUGUGGCUGUUGAUCCGAUCGCGACUGCUCGUGCCUUUCAUCAGCAUGUCCUUUGCUUUUUUGCAGAUCUUUUGGGCAUUCACCUGGCGCCUCAGCAGCUGCCAGCAGAUGGUCUUGCAACUGCUUUUGGGCAUGGAGUGCUCGGGCCCAUUGCAGCAGUCUAUGGUAUCACAGAACCGCAGCUACGUGGAAGUCUGCAUCUUCACAUGCUCGUCCAUUUGUAUGGCUUGCAUACGAUCGAAGCACUCCUGCGACGGUUUCGAUCACGCUUGCCGGAGCUGCGCGCCAGACUCAUUGCUUGGAGCAACAGUAUUCUUGGUGCUUCUUUGGAAAGUUUACCUGCAACCUUGCACACUCCGGAAGCAAUGGAGACUUUCCAACGCUUGCAGCCGCUGCCUUUCUCUCAGCGGCAAGAAGCGGUCCUCCAUGCCCAACUCGGAGCAUCCUGGGAUUUUCAGGUCGCGGGCACCCACUGGAGACUGGGCCAGUUGCCUUUGGUGCCUGCGUGUGCACCGUGGUUUGACCCUUGCUCUGAUGCUGCCAAUGGUGUUCCAACUUUUGUUCCGUGGCCUCGCACAUACUUGUGUGUCGAAGCGGCGCUAUCUGCCGAGACCUGGACUUCCAUGCUGUUAUAUGACCUCCGUCAUACUGCAGUCCACAGCUGCUUGCACGAUUGUCGUCCACGGACUUGCCACAAAGGGCGUUUGGGGAAAGCAGGUUUCUGUCGACUUGGCUUUUGGCAUUGGCGCGAUGUUGCCCCAUGGACUGCGCCUGACACUUGGCAGCGUUGUCAUGGUCUACCACUGCAACAUCAAACUACGGUGGACUCUUCCGCGUCGACUUCUGGCACCCGGGGUCAACUCCUUCCGGAACGACAUCAUCCAUUUCAUACGCGCUUCAACACCAGCAUUCUUGCAUGUUGCAAAUGCAACCAUGAUGUCACUUUGUUGCUCCGGGCACCACCAGCGAGCGACCAAGAAGACUCCGAUGCCAGCCUGGCAGCGAGUAUGGCGGCGUCGGCUAGGGCCGCGUCGUACUACAUCAGUGCAUACAUUACGAAGACGCAUCCACAUCUGUCGAACUUGUGGCUUUUGUUGCGCUCUGGACAUGAGCGACUUCAAGAAGAGCUGCGGACCCACGCGCAAGCAGACAAUGCCUCUUACGUCGCUGCUCGCACUCUCACGCGGAUGUUGACUUCCGCGGAAAAGAGUUCGCACAAGUCGAUGGCUGAGAUUUCCCAUUACCUCUUAGGCUUUCCAGAAGCUUAUGCGACGCACUCCUUCAAGAAACUGUAUGUCACCAAUUUGGUCAGUUGUGCGCUGCAGCUUUUGCCUGUUGUCAGCAUCGAAGAACAAGAGCCUCAAUCGACUUUCUUUCUGCAUCAUCUCCAGUCUGACCCAACUGUCGGAGAAGGUGAGCAGCUCGAGCAUUUCUCUGUCGUCACAGGACAUCAAGAGCAGGAUUACUUGCAUCGUGGCGAGGCACUGGCAGCCUGGCCACUCUAUUUCUACGUUGCCGCCUUCGAGCGGUGCACUGCCAGUCGUCUGCCAACAGCCAGUGCGUACGCGCACUAUGCGCCAUCGCAUCCACAAGCGACUCGGGCCGUACAGCGCUUGCGCCUCGAUUCCCCUUGGGUCAUACCGCAGCUCUGCGGGAUCAAUCUACCUGCACCUGACCAAGAUUUGGAAUUGCACUGUCUCAUGUUGCUUUUGCUGUUCAAGCCAUGGGCCCAAGCAGAUCUUGGCGACCUUCUGCCUGUUCUCGGCGGCCGCCGGUCUCCGACCUGGAGCUCCGCAUUGAACCACUAUCGCGAACAACUCACGGCCAUUGUCGACGCAUCUCCUCCAGGUACUCGCGCUGCACCUUUUACGACACUGUACUGGGCCCAGCGCUGCUUGGCAAGGUCCCCUGUGCAGUUACGUCAUGACAAGAUGUUGAGGGAGCCCAGGGUUAAUCCCCCCCAGAGGCAAUGUAUGAUUCCUCUUCUGUCCGUGUGUUUGGGGCCGACGGGCGGCUCUGCGUAUUUAAAUUUGCAGUUCCUUCAUCGGCAGGAUUACCCCAGCGCUGAAGCCUGUACGGGACCCCUCCGCAGAGCACCGCAAAACAGCCCGCUAGGCCACGAGGAACAAAAGAAGCAGUGGGCCUCCAGUAACGAACCUUCCACGUAA